AUGAAGUGUCACCUUCUUUUUGCAGCCUUAGCUGCUACAAUCCCUCUUGUUUUCGCUCUGAAGGCCCCAGACUGCAAUGCCUUCCAGAAGACUUGCCCGUCUAACAAAGGUAACACCGAGGGUCAUAUCAUCUACGACUUGGCCCAGAACUCGGCGUUGAAUGAUUGGACAACAAGUGGUGGAGAAGUAGUCACUGGCCCUGAUGGUGCAGAGUUCACGAUCCGCAAGCAAGGUGAUGCCCCGACAAUUGUUACAGACUACUACAUCUUCUAUGGUGAGGUUUCUGUUGAGAUAAAGGCAUCUCCUGGUACUGGGAUUAUCAGCUCUGUUUACAUGCUGUCAGAUUCCAAUGAUGAAAUUGAUUGGGAAGCACUGGGUGGUUCUACCAACAAAAUACAGACAAACUACUACGGCAAGGGUGACAACAGUGAGGAUUACAGUCGCUGGACCUGGCAACCUUUGAUGACCCCGCAAGAAGUGUUCCACAAAUACACUUGGAUUUGGGCUAAGGACAAAAUAUCCUGGGCGAUCGAUGGCGCCGUUAUUCGGACAGUUGAUUAUGCUGAUGCGAAAGGGGGCACUCGCUUCCCACAGACACCGAUGCGCGUUCGAAUUGGUAUCUGGGCAGGAGACGAUCCGAGCAAAACAGAUCCGAGCAAACUCAAAGGCACGAUUGAGUGGGCUGGCGGAGACACUGACUAUUCCAACGGACCAUUCACGAUGUAUGUCAAGUCGGUUGAGAUUGUCAACCACACCCCAGCAGAGAGCUAUGUCUAUUCCGACAAAUCUGGCUCUUCGGACAGUAUUGAGAUACAUAGCGCUGUCUCUUCAGACGAGGCUUCAAGUUCGACGCGUUCUGGUACUUCACGCACCACUGACACUGCCAUAUCCACUUCGUCUUUUACGGGUUUGUGCUCCUCGAUCUCAUCCUCGACGUUUGCCGGUGCUACCACCAAUUCUUCCAGUCCCAUUAGCACCCUCCCCAUGACAUCGUCCGCCGAGCCCAAAAGUACUGUCUUGAGCUCCAACUCAACCUCCACAGCUAACUCCACUUCUAAUUCGAGCACUGGUGCUAUUGCCUCGGCAACCAGUUUCAACUCCGCCUCUGGCCUUGGUUUGGGUUAUCUUGCCCUUCUGACACCGAUCGUCGGAUUUAUCCAGAUGUGGACUUAG